AUGGAGACCAACGUGGACCUCGACCUCCCGCCAUCUCUCCAGGAAACGAUCAGGGCCGUGCAGCAGCUCUCCAGCGGAAAAGCACCCGGAUCGGACGCAAUCCCUGCUGAGGUCUACAAGCACGGAGGUCCCCUACUGAUGGAUUGCCUGACUGCGCUCUUCCAGGAGAUGUGGCGUCAAGGUGCAGUCCCGCAAGAUUUCAAGGACGCAACUAUCGUGCACCUAUACAAGCGAAAAGGGAAUCGCCAAGUCUGCGACAAUCACCGCGGCAUCUCCCUACUGAACAUCGGCGGGAAGAUCUUCGCUCGCAUCCUGCUCAACCGCCUCAAUAACCAUCUGGAACAGGGCCUUCUGCCGGAAAGCCAAUGCGGCUUCCGUCGUCAUCGUGGGACCACGGAUAUGAUCUUCGUCGCCCAUCAACUACAGGAGAAGUGUCAGGAGAUGCGGACCCACAUGUACUCUAUCCUCGUGGACCUGACGAAAGCCUUCGACACGGUGAAUCGUGAAGGACUGUGGAAGAUCAUGCAGAAAUUCGGCUGUCCAGAGCGAUUCACUCAGAUGGUGCGUCAGCUGCACGACGGUAUGAUGGCGCGAGUCACGGACAACGGAGCUGUCUCAGAGGCAUUCGCAGUGACCAACGGAGUGAAGCAGGGCUGUGUGCUGGCACCAACCCUCUUCAGUCUUAUGUUCUCUGCCAUGUUGAUGGACGCCUACCGCGACGAACGCCCCGGGAUCCGCAUCGCCUACAGGACGGACGGUCAUCUCCUGAAUCAACGGCGAAUGCACUUCCAAUCGCGCGUAUCCACAACCAUCGUGCACGAACUCCUCUUCGCCGACGACUGCGCCCUGAACACCACCUCGGAAGAGGAAAUGCAAUGCAGCAUGGACCUAUUCGCCGCCGCCUGCGAGAACUUCGGUCUGGUCAUUAACACGCAGAAGACGGUGGUGAUGCACCAACCGCCACUCAACUCAGCCACAGCCCCCAACGCGCCGCCGCAAAUCAACGUGAAUGGGACUCAACUGCAAGUGGUGGAGAACUUCCCGUACCUGGGCAGUACCCUCUCACGCAGCACGAAGAUUGAUGACGGAGUCGCCAACAGGAUCUCGAAAGCCAGUCAAGUCUUCGGUCGCAUCCAAAGCACAGUUUGA